AUGCCUUUGCGCAUUACCACAUGGAACGUGAACGGAAUUCGUAAUCCAUUCGGGUACCAACCAUGGAAGGAAGCCAAAUCCCUCGGUGGUAUGUUCGAUAUCCUGGAAGCUGACAUUGUGAUCAUGCAAGAACUCAAAAUACAGCGGAAAGAUCUUCAGGAUCACCAUGUGCUAGUUGAUGGAUGGGAUGCGUACUUCAGCCUUCCAAAGGACAAGAAAGGAUACUCUGGUGUUGGAAUUUACACUAGAAAAUGCAAAUGCAACCCAAUUCGCGCCGAGGAAGGUCUUCUUGGCGUUCUCUGUCCGCCAAACUCUGAUGAACCUUACUGUGAGAUGAAUCCCGAAGAUUGUAUCGGCGGCUAUCCAACGCAGGCUCAGCUAGAAGAUCUGGGCGUUGAUGUGGACGCGAAGUACCUUGACUCUGAAGGCCGAUGCGUGGUUGUGGAGUUUCCGGCUUUCGUGCUUUUUGGAAUUUAUAGCCCAGCCAACAGCAAUGGCCAACGUGACGAUUUUCGCUAUGGGUUCAUGUGUGCAAUGGAUCUGAGAAUCAGGAACCUUGUGAAGAUGGGCAAGCGUGUGGUCGUUACAGGCGAUCUGAACGUCUCACGGGAGCCAAAGGAUACAGCGGCGUGCAUGGAAGACAUAACAAAGGGAGGCAUAAGUCUCGACGAGUACAUAUCCUCGCCAAAUCGGCGCGUUUUCAAUCAGUUGUUGGAAGGGGGGCCAGUGUUACAGCCUCGAGAUCCUGGGCGUGAUUCGCCUGUUCUAUGGGACAUUUGCAGAGGCUUUCAUCCAGAACGCGAGGGAAUGUACACACAUUGGGAAGUUAAAGUCAAUGCGAGGCCUGGAAACUUCGGAAGCCGAAUCGAUUAUGUUCUUUGCAGUCUAGACAUGAAGGACUGGUUCGAGGCGUCCGAUAUACAGGCUGGGCUCCAUGGCUCCGAUCACUGUCCUGUGUAUGCAGUUAUCAAGGAUAACAUCGACUUGAACGGAAAGCCUACUGAAACACUAGAUGUCAUGAGCCUUGAAGGGGUUUUCAGAAACAGUAUCAGACAACGAGAACUGAACACGAAAGAAAUGCCAGAGUUCUGCGCACGUCGUAUGCCUGAAUUCUACAAUCGUCGCAAUAUAAAGGACAUGUUCACCAAAAGACCGUCCUUAAGCACCCAGAAGUCAGCAGUACUGACAAUCGAUGACACUGUUGCUCAGUCUUCCCGCGAAAGCGCCGUUGACUGUACAGCGCAAACAUCAAAUGGCAAAGGGGCCGGUAAAGCCAUCCACGGCAUCAAGCGCGCUCGACCGGAAUCCACACAGAGCAAGACCAUCAAGCGUAUAAAGUCCACAAGCCUACCGAAAGGUCCAGCGCGCCCUAGCGGCCAAAUGUCUAUGCGGAACUUCUUCCAAAAUGGCCCUCUAUCUCCAUCCAAGCCCAGUCCCUCUAGAACACCAGCAUCAGACACCACAACUCCGCCCACUUCCACACAAGCUUCGAAUGAUACAGAGAUAAUUGGACCCGUCGCUUCCUUUUCUCCUUCAACCCCCUCUACAAAAUCCAUACAUCGCACUUGCCGCACACCCUCCCCGACGCAAGCAAGAUCGAGGACUCCCACAUCAACAGCAAAGACUCCACAGUCAUCGUAUGAACCUCCUUUAGAAUCUGGAAGCCCUCACGACGCAAAACUGUCAUGGGUCAAGCUAUUUAGCAAGAAACCUCCACCCAGAUGUGAGGGACAUGAGGAGCCCUGCAUAAGCCUCAAGACGGGCAAGAAAGGUGCAAAUCAAGGUCGAGAGUUCUGGAUAUGCGCAAGACCACUAGGACCUAAGGGUGAGAAGGAAAGAGGUAGCGAUUGGCGUUGUCGCACAUUCAUAUGGUCCAGUGACUGGAACAGCGCAAGGGCGUGA